AUGGCGGAUAGAUCUAGCUCAUCCACGAACCAGGAAAGCAACAACGACCAGACUCAGUCUCAGUCUCCACACGACUCUUCCACAAGAAACUCAGACAGCGACCCCUUUGGCCUGAACAAAUACAUCAAGCCUGUCUCCGAUCCAUGGUCUGUAUACAACACGAGCUACUCUUCUUCGUCUACUCCUCCUGGUUCCACGGUAAAGAAGAAAGCUACAACGGUUCCACCUCCCAAGCGAUGA